AUGGACGAAACCUCUUCUGUGAGAUGCAGACUGAAAGUGAGUCGAGUUACUGCUCCUAAAAACCUACUUUCUGAGCUAGGAAUUUUUGCUUAUCUAAACUACAGAGUGCCUCGGACUCGGAAGGAAAUUUUUGAAACCCUGAUAAAAGGAUUACAGAGGCUGGAAUACAGGGGAUAUGACUCUGCAGGAGUGGCAAUUGAUGGAAAUAAUAAUGAGGAUAAAGAAAGAUUCAUCAAACUAGUUAAGAAAAGAGGAAAAGUAAAGGCCCUGGAAGAAGAGUUGUACAAACAAGAUGAUCUGGAUUCAAAAACAGAAUUUGAAACACAUUUUGGAAUUGCUCACACUCGCUGGGCGACCCAUGGAGUACCAAGUGCAAUAAACAGUCACCCUCAGAGAUCAGAUAAAAGGAAUGAGUUCGUUGUUAUCCAUAAUGGAAUCAUUACAAAUUAUAAGGACCUGAGAAAAUUUCUGGAGAGCAAAGGGUACGAAUUUGAAUCUGAAACAGAUACAGAAACCAUCCCUAAAUUGAUCAAAUACAUGUAUGACAACAGAGAGAGUGAGGACACCAGUUUUUCAGCCUUGGUAGAAAGAGUUAUUCAACAGUUGGAAGGUGCUUUUGCAUUGGUUUUCAAGAGCAUCCAUUACCCAGGUGAAGCUGUUGCUACCAGGAGGGGGAGUCCGUUACUCAUUGGGGUUAGGAGCAAGUACAAGCUCUCCACUGAACAGAUCCCUGUUUUAUAUAGAACAUGCAACAUAGAGAAUGUGAAGAACAUGUGCAAUUCACGAAUGAAAAGACUGGACAGCUCUACCUGCCUUCAUGCUGUUGGGGAUAAGGCAGUAGAAUUCUUCUUUGCUUCUGAUGCAAGUGCUAUCAUUGAGCACACCAACAGAGUAAUUUUCUUAGAAGAUGAUGACAUUGCAGCAGUAACUGAUGGGAAGCUUUCAAUUCACCGUCUCGAGCGUUCAGCUAGUGAUGAUCCCUCCCGAGCCAUCCAAACCUUGCAGAUGGAAUUGCAGCAAAUCAUGAAGGGGAACUUCAGUGCAUUCAUGCAGAAGGAAAUUUUUGAACAACCAGAAUCAGUUGUGAACACGAUGAGAGGCAGGGUGAAUUUCGAGAGCAGCACAGUUCUGCUGGGGGGGCUGAAGGAUCAUCUCAAAGAAAUCAGAAGAUGCCGAAGACUGAUCAUUAUUGGCUGUGGGACCAGUUACCAUGCUGCAGUUGCUACUCGACAAGUACUGGAAGAAUUAACUGAGUUACCAGUGAUGGUGGAACUUGCUAGUGACUUCCUCGAUAGAAACACACCUGUAUUCAGAGAUGAUGUGUGCUUUUUUAUAAGUCAGUCAGGUGAAACUGCAGACACACUUAUGGCCUUGAGGUACUGUAAGGAACGUCGUGCUCUAACAGUUGGCAUCACAAACACAGUUGGAAGCUCAAUAUCCAGAGAGACUGACUGUGGUGUUCAUAUCAAUGCAGGACCUGAGAUAGGUGUGGCAAGCACAAAGGCUUAUACCAGCCAGUUCGUGUCUCUUGUAAUGUUUGGCCUAAUGAUGUCUGAAGACAGAAUUUCCUUGCAGAAAAGGCGACAGGAAAUCAUUAGUGGACUAAAAUCAUUGCCAGAGAUGAUUAAGGAAGUCUUGUCCUUGGAUGAGAAGAUACAUGAUUUAGCUCUUGAACUGUACAAACAAAGGUCCCUGCUGGUUAUGGGUCGUGGGUAUAAUUAUGCCACUUGUCUGGAAGGAGCUCUGAAAAUAAAAGAAAUCACCUAUAUGCACUCUGAAGGUAUCCUGGCUGGUGAGCUGAAACAUGGGCCCUUGGCCCUCAUAGAUAAACAAAUGCCUGUUAUCAUGGUGAUAAUGAAGGAUCCUUGUUUCACCAAGUGCCAGAAUGCUCUGCAACAGGUCACUGCUCGACAGGGUCGUCCAAUCAUUCUGUGUUCUAAAGAAGAUACAGAAAGCUCAAAAUUUGCCUACAAAACCAUUGAGCUGCCUCAUACAGUUGACUGCCUUCAAGGAGUCUUGAGUGUUAUUCCUCUCCAGUUGCUUUCAUUCCACCUGGCUGUUCUCAGAGGAUAUGAUGUGGACUUUCCAAGAAACUUGGCCAAAUCUGUUACUGUAGAAUAACAGCCAUGAACAGCUGAUGUUUUUCUCACCAGACCUCUGAGUUACACUUGUAGAAAUGUGUUGUUCUGGAUUGAUAGGUACACGUUUUUCUAAAGACAAUGACAGCGCUAACUGGAAAGUGUCACAAGGAUUUAUCUUGCAGCUUUAAAAGCUUUUGAUGUGCCUUGUACUCAAGUGCUUUUGCUAUUCCUCUAUGUCCUGAAAUUGCCAAAGAAGAUAAAA